AUGUGCCAAGGCGAGAAAUGUAUUGUUAGGGAUGAGACUUCUACAGCUGAAACCAAUGGAGGCAUUAACAAUGAAAAUUUUAAUUUUUCUUUACAAAAUCCUUCACUUCCACCAUUUGGAAAUAUUUUUAACAAAAAAUUAUUAAAUUCUGAAGAGGUAAAAUUUGAACCUAAAAUUGCAAGUGAUUCUAUGGUGUUGAAGGGUGUACAACAAUAUGUUGGUGUAAAAUUAUUUUGUAUUAGUGCUUUGAAGAAAUUUGAAGAUAAAAGUUUGGAGGAACUUCGUCAUUUUGAUUAUUUUAUGGGAAGGAAGGUAAUUUCGACGCUUUUUCGACCUUCAAAUGUUGAACAAAAACAAAAAGAUAAUACAACUUCCACAAAAACGAGUGUUAAUUCUUCAAUUAAUUCUAAAACACUGCCAACAUUAUUUGCUACUUUAACUGCGCCUAGUUUGUCUGGCGGUUCAAGUUAUGCAACAGAAAGUGUUCCGGGACUAGUUAACCCGAAUUUUGGAUAUUUCAAAGAUUUUCCUUAUGAACUUCCUUUACCUCCACCACUUCCAAAAGAAUUUUUUGGAAUUCCAUCUAAGGUUAAUGGACCAGCACCACGUCCAAAAGAACUUUUUGACAUCCCAUCGAUUUCUGAAGAGAGUCUCUUUGGUGAUAGUACUGCAAAUGUUUUAGUUGGUGAAUUUAAUGCUUUUGGUUUAAAUGGUCAACAAUUUACUGUUAAAGAUUAUCAAAAGCAACAGCCUCUCCAAUCAAAUUUUGUACCACCAAUUCUAAAUAACACUCAACAAAUACAAAUUAAUGAAAAAAUGAUGUGUAUUAGUGCCAUGAAGAAUUUUGAGAAUAAAUGUUUGGAGGAACUUCGUUUUACUGAUUAUUCAUUUGGAAAUAAAUUAAAUUCUAAAAAUAUUUUUUAUUCUUCUUCUUCACAACAAAACAAUCCUUUUAAAUUUUCUACAAAUAAUAAUACUUCACCAUUUAAUGAAAAUGGAAAUGGUGGGGGUGGGGAUACUUUUAAUUUUGUUUUCAAUAUUUCAAUUCCUUCGAAUUUUAAAUAA